AUGGAAAUGGCUCUCUCUGAAACCAAGCACGGCGACACCAAGCUCGGCGACACCAAGCUCAGCGACACCAAGCUCGGCGACACAAAGCACAGCGACACCACGCCGCUCCCGUCCGAAAUCACCCUGUUGACCCUCAACUGCUGGGGCCUGCUGCACAUUUCCGCCCUCCGCCAGCCCCGUCUCGCGGAAAUCGGUCGGCAAAUCGCUGCACUCGAGCCCACCCCCCACGUAGUCUGUCUCCAAGAAUGCUGGGUCCAGGACGACUACCGCGCCAUCCGCGACGCGACGCGCGCCGUCCUGCCGCACGGCAAGUUCUACCACAGCGGAGCUUUUGGCGGCGGCUUGGCCAUCUUGAGCCGUUGGCCCUUCGAGGAAAGCACCAUGUUCCCAUAUACCUUGAACGGCCGCCCUACUGCCUUCUGGAGAGGCGACUGGUACGUGGGCAAGGGCGUGGCCGCAGCCACCCUGAGGUUUGGCCCUGGUGAGAGGGACGUCGUCGACGUGUUCAACACUCACACUCAUGCUCCGUAUGAAAGCGGUCCCAAUGAUUCGUACCUCUGCCACCGGACAGCGCAAGCAUGGGACAUAGCCAAGCUCAUCCGCGCCGCCAUCUCCAAAGGACGCCUGGUCGUGGCCCUCGGCGACUUCAACAUGAUCCCGCUCUCCCUACCGUACCGCAUCAUCACCUCGCUCUCCCCUAUCCGGGAUACCUGGCGUGUCCUCCACCCCGACUCCUCUGUCGGAGCGUCUGACCAGGUCGAGGAACAGGCUCGCGGUCUGCCCGUCCCCACUGCCGAAUACAAUCUGAGCAUCAACGGAGCCGCCAGCGACACCGUCUACAACACGUGGCGCUGGACCAAGCAGGAGCAGAAGAAGCUCAAAUCUCACCCCUGCCCGGUUGAUCCCGAUACAGAGGACCCCAGAGGCAAGCGCAUAGACUAUGUCUUUGCCUCUACCGGCGACCUUUCCGACGGAGCUGGCUGGGUCGUAAAGUCCGCAGCUGUAGAAAUGACGGGUCGUCAUCCAGAGCUGAACUGCUCCCUUUCCGACCACUUCGGUGUUCGGGCAACCCUGCAACGACAUGCCGCGUCUUCCGGCCCAAGCUCCGAAACCGCUGCCUACGACGCCCAACUGCGCUACAAUCAGCAACACAGCAGUGCCCUUACCUUGUACGACUUUGACGACAUGCUUGCCAUGACGCUCAAGUACUCCGCAAGGGAGACGAGGCAGCAGUUCUGGCGUGCGAUGCAUUUCUAUGCAUCACUCAUCGUCUGGAUUGCCUGUCUGGUAGCCGUCUGGUUCAGCCCCCGUAGCUUUGUCUCUUUCCUUCUCACGGUCUUGGCUAGUCUUGGCCUAACUACCGGGGUGGUGGAUGGUCUUCUGGCCCUGCUGUUCUUCUCUCGAGAGAUUCGUGGUCUCAAAGAGUUUGAAUGGGAGAUUCGGAACGCAAGGGCGGCAGCCGUUGCGAAUGGGAAAGCUUCAACUUCGUAA